AUGUCGUACUAUGACAUUGAUGCAAUCUUGACGGAUUCCCAAAAACUACCCUGCACAUUUGAAUUGGACGUACCUGGUCUUGGUAUUUUGGAGGGGAAUCCGGGGGAAAAUAUCAAAGCUGGAACUCGCAUUGAUUUGCCGUUAUGGCUGGGUGAGAUGCUUUCUAUCGGUGCCCGACUGGGAACCUCUCGGCUAGUCACGCUGGAUCUCCCCUCAGCACUCUCAGAACGAGUCAUGAAUGCCUUGAAAGCUGAUCCUCGGACGGUGGAUCUGCGGUCAUUGGCGCCGCAUUUUUAUAGUCUGAGCGAGAGGAUUCUGGAGCUGUUUGAGGAAGAGGAAUUGGUGGAGGUUUUGAGUAAUACGUUCAAGAAGCGCUCAGCAGUCAUUGCGGACCAUGCGCAUAAUCCGCAGGGUGCUUUAGGGCAGGGAGCGGAUUUCUUGCGAGGAUUGGAUGAGACGGAGAGGCAGCUUUUCCGGGUUGCGCAUGAUAGUGCUAAGGAGACGCGGGUCUGGGCUGGAGAGGCGAAAAAGAAAUGA